AUCGGAGGUGAUUUCACAAGCAUCGGACAUGUUCUCAAAAGAUAUUAUUAUGCAAAUCUAUAGUUAUGCAAAUCAGGCGGUUGUGAUGCUCAGAGACUGAGACUAUAGAUCCGUUGACUAUUGAGUUUUGUAAAUCGUAAAGCCAAGGACCCAUUUCGUUUUGGAAGCUCGCUCGGUUAUUGUCUCGAGCUGACCGCUUCAAAGCAGAAGGCCAUGGCGCCACCGGCGGCGAUUCGGUGGUUCGCGGCUGCAUCAGCCCUCGUUCUGUGCCUCCUGAUCUCUCCGUCAUCGGCCAUCUACUGCGACGAAGAUGAUUGCUACGAUCUCCUAGGGGUUUCGCAGAAUGCCAAUGCUUCCGAAAUCAAGAAAGCCUAUUAUAAGCUCUCGUUAAAAUAUCACCCGGAUAAAAACCCCGAUCCGGAAUCGAGAAAGUUGUUUGUCAAAAUUGCCAAUGCUUACGAGAUUUUGAAGGACGAGACCACGAGAAAGGAGUAUGAUUAUGCAAUUGAACAUCCGGAGGAGGUGUUUUACAACACAGCUCGUUACUAUCGUGCAUACUAUGGUCACAAGACGGAUCCUCGUGCUGUCCUUAUUGGCCUUCUUCUGGUUCUCUCGGGAUUUCAGUACCUCAACCAGUGGACAAAGUAUAAUCAGGCUGUAGCCAUGGUGAAGAAGACACCUGCUUACAAAAAUAGACUUCGGGCUUUGGAACUAGAGCGCAGUGGAGGAACUGCAAAUAGAAAGAAGGGUAACAAGCAGAUGGACAAGAAAAAGGAGGAAGAGCUGAGUAAAGAACUUGAACUGGACAUAAAGGGUGCUGAAAAGCCUUCCUUCUGGGAACUUCUCGGUGUCCGCUUUUUACUACUACCUUACACCAUUGGCAAGCUUUUAUUGUGGUGUGCACACUGGUUCUGGAGAUACAAAGUGAAAAAGGCUCAAUAUUCGUGGGAAGAUGCUUCUUACCUGACACAGAGUGCCCUUAGAGUGUACCCUGAAGCGUGGAGAAAUAUUGACGAAUCAACAAAAGAAGAUCUUGUUCAGAGACGUUUAUGGGAAAAACCCAACUUGGAAAGCUACUUGGCCGAGAUGAGGAAAGAGUACAAGCGCAGAAGAUAGCAAAUUUUGUUGCCUUUGCUAUCCUAGAUUCUUCAAAUAUUUGACAAACACAUUCUUUGGUCACAUGUAAAACUAAAUAGGUGAUAAGUUUACCCACACUACAUCGAGUUACGUGAACUUGGAGUCAGUUUAUGCGAUAAAAUUGUCUGGUUUUUGUUGCUAAGUGCAAUUUGUUUUUAAUACAGCAUUGUUAUAAACCUUCGCCCCUGAAAGUUCCAGGGUGGUGGUAAAUCCUAAUGAGACUAUAAUCGGAUUAA